AUGGCGAAGAAAAACCAAGUCAGAGCUGCAAAGAAAGAUGCAGAUGAUCAAGAAUCUCACUCCCCACUCCAAGCAAUCCUCUUAGCGAAUACUACUUUCGAUGAAAAUAACUUUCAGCCAAUCACAAAGGAACGCCCAAAAGUACUUCUACCUUUAGUUAAUACUCCAAUGAUUGAUCACUCAUUAGCCUGGCUUAAAUCUGCUGGUGUUGAACAAGUAUUCAUAGUUGUCUGUGAUAAUGGUGCUCAUUCUGAGCAAAUCAUUGAUUACUUGGCUCAUUCUGGAUGGUCAUCUCUGCACAAUCCUAAAUUCACUGUUAAGACUAUUGCACCUCGAGGUUCUGUCAGUGCUGGUGAUGCUCUCAGGUUUAUUUAUGAACUUGACGUGAUACGGGGAGAUUUCAUUCUCCCAAGUGGUGAUGGAGAUUUCAUUCUCCUAAGUGGUGAUACUGUAACAAACAUGCCGUCUCUUGAAAAAGUUCUACAAGAACACAAACAGAGAAAGGAAGGAGAUAAUAACGCUAUAAUGACUAUGCUGGUGAUUAACAAGUCAAAACACAAAACUACACUACCUGUUAAUCCAACACCUGGUAACAACGAUGAUGAUCAGUUGGUUAUGGCUAUUCAUCCUAAUACGAAAGAGCUUCUGUAUUAUGAUGAGGAUGCUGCGGAUUCGAAUGCAGCGAUGGUUAUUGCUCUUAGAAAUAAAGGAUUGGUCCUUGAUAGUCCUGAUGAUGUUAAAGUGCACAAUGAUAUAGAAGAUUUUUAUAUCGAUGUUUGCUCUCCAGAAGUGCUUAGCCUUUUCGCUGACAAUUUUGAUUAUCAGCAACUGAGGCGUGAUUUUGUUAAAGGAUUGCUCGAAGAUGAUGUCAUGAUCUACAAGAUAUUUAUUCAUGAGAUUCAAUCAGAUUAUGAUACUUUCAGAAGCUAUGAUAGCAUUAGCAAGGACAUAAUGCAACAGUCGACAUACCCAUUGGUGCCAGACGUUCAGUUUUCUGGAAAACGCCCAAUCAAGCUAGAAAUUCAGGGAAUUUCUAAAGGAUCAAAACGAGAUGGCGAAACUUCUGGCUCUGAUAGCGAGGACGAGGAGGAUUUUGACACAGAGGUGGAAGCAACUUUCUUAAGGUUAGUUCAUGAAGGUGUGGACCAAAAGAAUACAAUCAUAGAAGUGACUUCACUAAGGUUUGCGUUCAAUAUGGAAACAUCGGAUUGUGCUCGGGCACUAUUUUGGUCAAUGAUGAAAUUUGCAUAUGAAACCCCAUAUGGUACCGAAGCUGAACUGUAUAGAAAUGCUGUCAGCGUAAUCACAACAUGGGGGGAUCUUUUGCGACAUUACGUAACGUCCACAGAUGAGCAGAUUGAAAUCAUAGCGACUCUCGAAGAGAUGUGCUCAGAAUUUGCCAAAGAUUUUGCUGCGAUGUUUCAUAAAAUUUUGCAUGUACUGUAUGAGAAGGAUAUUGUUACCGAAGAGGCGAUACUGUUGUGGGCAUCAGAGAAACAAGAGGCUGAUGCGUCUGAUAGAAUAUUUGUUAACCAGUUACAAAGCCUAAUUCAGUGGUUGAAAGAGGCAGAAGAAGAAGAUUAA